AUGAAGAAACUGGUGAUACAGAGGCCAAAGCUAAAUGUCGAAGAGAUAGCGGACGUGAUGGAGACUAAAAUGUCGGCAGGCAAGGCAAACUCGUUGGACAAGAUGUUGGAGUGUGUGGUGACGGAUGUAGCUGAGCGAGACAGCGAACGUGCAGCCAUUUACGCAGCCACGGACAUGCGUCAGUGCGAAGAAGGCGGUCAGCCUGAGACGGUUGUGGAGUUGGAUGACAAUCAGGAAGGAUAUUGUGGUGAGCCAUUGGCGACUGCACAUCGGGCGCAGAGCUGA